AUGAUGACUUCUUUCAAAUAUGACCAGUUUGUCGCUUUCGGCUCGGAUAGCGCCGGCCUCGAACGCAUCCUCCGCGGCCUACAAGCCCUAACGGCGAUUCUCUCCGCCAUCCCAUCCCUCCUCACACUCAUCGUCCUGGCCCCCGAGCCCAUCCUCGAAGCGCUGGGUCCCGUCCGCGGACACCUGAACCUGACCCGCCGCUUCAUCCGCUUCUUCUGGUUCCUCAACUCCUUCGGCACGUCGUACAACCUCUACUCCUCCAUCUCGCACCCUUCACCUUCAUCCACGCCGGGCAAGAAGAGUUCAGGCGUCGUCGGGGUGGAGACAUGGCUCGAGAUACUCAAAUUCACGCUCCUGGGCCUGUACGGCGGCCUCGAGUCCGUCACGCUGCCUGACCUCCUCAACGUCCCGCAGAUCGAGUUCUUCGGAGCUGAGCGGACCAAGGCUCUCAACGUCGAGGCGCAGCGGUUCUGGUUUCUCGCCCUGUUCUGCGGGAUCGUGGGGAACCUCGUGCGCAUGCUGAAGGCGUUUGCGUAUGCGCCUGUUCCGCAGCAUGGGGCCGGGUACGGCACGGGUGAAGGGCCCGAGAAGAAGAAGGAUGGUGAGGGGGAGAAGUCUUCUGAAGAAACUGACGCCAGUGAGAAGAACGGCGCGGGGGAAGCUGGGGAGGAGAAGGAGAAGCCGGACUGGGAGGCCGAGCGCGCGCGGUUGAGGGCGAUCGUCGUCAAGAGGCGCGAGGAGAGGAAGAGGUGGCGGGGCCAGGUCGCCGUCACGGUAAAGACCCUAGGCCGCAAGGUCAUUUCCGACUCGCUAGACUGUCUGAUUCCCGGUGUGAUUCUGGGGUGGAUUGAUAUUAGUCCCGGCGCGGUGGGCGUCGCCAUGUUCAUCACGACCUUGAUGACGAGCAAGGAUAUCUGGGAACGCUGCGGCGCUGUCGUUGCGGCGAGGAGAGGUGGCAUGUAG